AUGACCUCCAAGUUAUCCGCCAUGUUGCUCCCUGGAGAUGACCCAAAGAAAGAUUCAGCUGACUCGGGCAAUCUAGAAUCAAACGCUGGACCCGAGCAAAAUACUGUACCGAGAGACGAAGCACAGGGCAAUGUCCGAUUUGCUUCACAAGACGAAGAGAUAGACCCUAAAGAUGCGACGGGACAGUCUGCCAGAGCAGCAGAUGAGGAUGACGAAGACCUCAGUCCUGAGGCACAUGAGCAGAUAAGGAAUCUGGCUAUAUCUCUGCAGAAAUCACGGGUGCAAGAAAGUCGGAUGGCCAACUUUGCCUAUGAGACGGUGUCGAUGCCAGCCUCGCGCGUCCCAUCACGAGAGAGCGAAACCCCCGGAACGCCACGAGGGUCCAGUCGACAUGGUCAAGGAUCAAUAUCCUCAGCCUUCCAAUCCCCACCACUGACACCACAUGGUUCAAAAGACGGCAGAAGCGACAGCAUCGUCAAGGCCCAACAAGGACAAAAUGCAAUAACACCACAGACUUCACCUCCGCCGGAUGCACAAGGCUAUCACGUCUCUCAACCAUCCUCCAGCGAAAAGCACGAUCUAGGCCCUAGGCAUGUUCCCAAGUUCGAGAUUGGCCCAUCUGAGUCUGCAAGCCCAACGGAGCAGAGCCCCGUAGGCACGCCAAAGCUCCGACCUUCCUCACCCCAGCCUGGCAAACUCCCUCAAUCUAGAGCAAGUCAAUCUCAGGAAAAGGCUGAACCGCGCCACUUCGGAAGUACAGGGAAAGGCUCGCUCGCACCUGCAAUUGCAGCUGCAGCGGAGCGGAUACCGAGGCACGGAAGUAGUAGCGAUAUUUCAGGCUCCGAGAAGCGGUCUUCGAUAUUCGGUAGCAAGAAAGAUCCAUAUUCCCACAUUAGCGAAAGCUCAGACAAAGGCGGACUAGAUGGGAAGAAACAUGGUUCAAUGUCCGAAUUGAAGAGAUUCUUCAGACUCGGUGGGCAUGGUCACAAGAACAAACAUCAAACUCAGCAAGACUCGCCAGCAUCCUCAGUUCCUGCAUCACGGAAAUCUACAAAGUCCGGAACGAGAACUCCUCCACAUCAAGCCCCUCCUUCGAGCGUGCCAUUUGCCGACGAUCACAGUCUCGAGGCCAAGUAUGGCAAGUUCGGCAAGGUACUCGGCUCAGGAGCGGGUGGUUCUGUGAGACUGCUCAAACGAAGCAGUGAUGGCGUCACUUUUGCUGUCAAGCAAUUCAGAGACAGGCAUUCUUGGGAAAGCGAGAAAGACUACAACAAGAAGGUAACCGCCGAGUUCUGUAUUGGAUCUACGCUACACCAUGGCAAUAUUAUCGAAACCAUGGAUAUCAUCCAGGAAAACAGCCGUUGGUACGAGGUGAUGGAGUACGCACCAUAUGACCUAUUCGCUAUUGUUAUGACGGGCAAAAUGUCACGGGAAGAGAUCGCGUGCGCUUUUCUGCAGAUUGUGAAUGGUGUGAGCUAUCUACACAGCAUGGGUUUGGCACACCGAGAUUUGAAGCUGGAUAAUGUGGUGGUCAGCGAGCAUGGCAUCAUGAAACUGAUCGACUUUGGAAGUGCUACGGUAUUUCGAUAUCCAUUCGAAAACGAGAUCGUCCUGGCAUCAGGAAUUGUCGGCUCAGAUCCGUACCUUGCGCCUGAGGUGUACGAGGAGAAGAAGUACGAUCCAACUGCCACCGACAUCUGGUCUCUGGCGAUCAUUUUUUGUUGCAUGACACUCCGCAGAUUCCCUUGGAAACAGCCUCGGCUUGUCGACAAUUCAUACAAGCUGUUCGUCUCGCCGCCGACACCAGGAACUCCUGUCCCGGACUCACAUCCUCGCAAACGGUCGCAUCUUGGCUUCGAAGACGAAAGUUCGUCUCGACGUCCAUCAGAGGCUGGCAGCAUUCAUUCACACCAUCACCAUAGUUCUGAAAAUGUCGAGAAUGAGCAGAGGCCAGGAACUUCAGGUGGGGAUAAGCAAGAGGUCAUCAAAGGUCCCUGGCGGCUGCUUCGCAUUCUACCAAGAGAAAGCCGCCACAUCAUUGGACGUAUGCUCAAGGUUGACCCCGCAGAGCGUGCCACCAUGGACGAAAUACUUGAGGACGACUGGGUAUUGGGCUCGAAAGUGUGUUAUCAAGAAGAAAACGGCGUGGUCCAUCGCGCUGAAGGACAUACGCAUGUCCUGGAAGCGGGUUCAGGGGGUCCUCCACCUGCAAAGGUAUAGGCAAACCUUUCAGACUGGCUCUUGACGACCAGACGGAGAUCCAUGGGCUUCGUGAAGGACCUCUUCAAACCCAGUGGGUGAUGCUACGGGACGACGAGCUGGGUUGCAGCU